UGUAGCACCAGGAAAGGUUGAAGAGCAUGGGGUGUUCAUAUUAAGGAAAAACACAGUCACGAACACCUGAAGAGAUCACAGACUUGUGACAGUGUAAAGAAAGUAUUAAACAUUGUACAAAUGAAACCAUACACUUCAUAUGGAUAUUAAUAAGUUUCAUUUAUUUUAAUGUAAAUUUGGGAAUGCAGGAGGUACCUCAGUAGUUCCCUUCAACUCAGUACGUAACCUCUAAUAGACAGAGGUUCGGAUUCUAAUUAUGCCAUUUGUUUAAAUUCGUUGUACAUCAAAAAGCUGUAAAAGAAUUUUUACUGAAAACCAUUCGAAUUUAUUGCUUAAUGCCCAUAUUAAAUGGAUCCCCUUUUUUAAACCUAAAUUCAAAUUUGAAUUCCCUAUAACACUUGUAAUUAAGAAUUCAUUAAAUACCAUUACUUUAGAUCCAAAGGAUAUUUUGGUUAGUUUCGACGUAGAUUCCCCCCUUGCUAAAGUCCCUAGUCCCGAAAAUCUCAACAUUAUUUCAGAUAUAUUAAAAUCAGAUAAUCUGUAAUCAAACAAACGUAUUUAUCUUGUAACGGUUAAAUUUAUGAACAAAUAUAGAACAAGAAAUAGAAAAUCAGACCUCAGAUUGGGUCAUUCUGUUUACAGAAAACCACGUCCAGAAAUCAUCGAUGACUACGAGCAGAGCCUUAAAACUAUCUCAACUUGAAUCAGAAUCUAUAAUUAAAACUUCACUUCAACACAACCUUCCUAAGUAAAUGAGUCAGAAAGUGAUGCUUCUUUACAUUUAAAACACCACCGACCACAUAUCAAAAAUUCUCAGCACAUGUAAUGUGAAAAUCAAAGAAGACAAAAUUCCGUUUGACACACCAGAAGUUUACAGCAUUCAUACAUUAGGAACAAUGCACACGACAGAUAAACUCACGAGCAGUUGUCGAACGUAAACAUAUCAAUAUCAAGUCUUGUUCUCCCAAACUUUCAUGUAAUCAAACUAGUAAAAAAAUAUCCGAGAAUCCAACCUCGAAACAAGCAAACUGUACGGCGACGUUUAGCCUAUCACCAAUUUGGGAAUCAGUAUAUAAACAGGUACAAUGUAGAAGGCAGUUAUAGUCUGAAGAAGCCAACUGGAUGACUUUCGAAACCUCAGAAAAUUCGAUUCAUCUGACGCAGAAGGAAUCUGGAAGAUUGGUAAGUAGUAGUACAGGAUUAUGGAUAGUCAACUGCCACUUAAAUGAUAACGUUUUGGGACACUUCACCGAGCCACUUAUCGUACGUGAUGAUAAACGAAGAAAUAUAAGCCGGUUCUACAAGUAUUUCACGUAGAUUUUUAAAUGUUCUCAGCGAAAAUGAAACGGUUCGCAGCAGUUCUGGUAUUGGCGGCAUUAGUGGAGCUAAGUUACCAAGCUGCUCUCGGUGCCGAGGAUUGCACCAUCACCGAUUUUUCGCAGGUACAAUCGGCAACCGAGAACUGCAAAGACAUCGUUAUUGAAGAUUUGCUUGUACCUGGAGGACAAACUUUGAAUCUGCGUCUCAGUCCCGGUACCACCAUUGUGGUAAAGGGUAACAUCACCUUCGAAUACUUCGAAUGGGACGGCCCAUUGGUCCAAAUCAACGGCACCAACUUCACCAUAAGAGGCGAACCAGGACAUGUUUGGGAUGGCCAAGGUCAGUCGUACUGGGACGGUCAAGGGGAAUGGGGAAGCACAAAGCCGCUAUUUUUCAACAUCAUGGCCGACGGUGUCUCACUGUUCGACACCUUUUUCGUGUUGAACACUCCCAGACACACUUUGGUUUUGAGCGAUUCUGAUCGAGUCACAUUCACAAAUUGGUUGAUCGACGAUUCCGCUGGUGAUGAGAGCGUGGCACCCCCAAACAAAUUCGGCCACAACACAGACGGAUUUGAUUUAUGGAACUCCACCAACAUUGUAUUACAGGAUUCCACGGUACGCAGUCAAGACGAUUGCGUUGCGAUCCGCUGCGGCUCGAAUUAUUUAGUGGACAACUUUUUUUGCCACGGAGGGCACGGCCUCAGCUUAUCGGUGGGCUUUAGCAACGACUCCAUUAAACUGAAUACCCUCACCAACGUCGUGAUUAGAAACAGCGUCCUCGAGUUGGGUGAAAACGCCAUUCACAUUAAAACCCACGCCGAUGGUGGUGAAGGACUGAUCAACAACGUCACUUACGAAGAUAUACAGUUCACAGGCUUGACAAAGUACGGAAUCAAUAUUCAACAGAACUACAGAAACCUGCCGGCCAAUACGCCGAACGAUCCUACCCCCAAAGGAAAUAUCCCGAUCACCAACUUGCACUUUUUGAAUGUCGUCGGAACUGUGAACGAUACCGCAGUUCCCGUUUACAUCAAUUGCGCAGAGGGUGCGUGCAGCGAUUGGGAAUUCGACGACGUUUCCGUCGCCGGGUUAAAAGAAAACGACUGCAAUUUUGAUCCCGAAGGAUUUCAAUGUUAAAAUGUUAGUGGGCCAAUCUGAAAACAAAUCAAAAACAAAAGUGCCGCAAAAUCAAAAAUUAAUUCAAAAGAAUAUCAUUUGAUUAUAGAGAUAGUCAU